GGCCCACAUGUGGUAUCAGCGAUAACAACCACUUGAUAGAACUCACCAUGUGACCAGAUCUGUGUGAUAGGUCUGAGCGAUGUAUAUGACCCGUGGCCAGCGAUCCUCGUCUCACUCCGCCAUCCAGCCGUCCUCAGUCAGACAUCCAGCAAGCCAACAACAUGUUGAACGUCCUAGCAUUGACCCUGCUCGGUGCCGCCCUCGUCUACGGGCAGAUCCCUCACCACUGCUUCUCUCCCCCACAACUCACGGUAAGAUGCUGUCUUCAGUCAGAAUGUUAUUACACACAGGCAUACGUUAGAUAGACUUAUAUUAUGAUGCUUUCUAUGUCAUUUUUUAUAAAUAGUAAUGCAUGAUAUGUGAAAGAUUGGACAGAAAGAAGUCAUGUGAGUGCGCUCCUUUGAAGCGAUUACGCCUAAAUUGCGGAAAACAAGCGCUAUAAAAGUAUUCAUUCAUAAUCAACUUAGAGACUGUCUCUCUCUCCCUCUCUCUCUUUUGCUCUAAAAUUAGACACAUACAUGAUAUAUUAUUUGCCCUUGAUGUGACGGAGCUAGCGUCUCUCGGUGUUUCGUUUUUUUCCGGGAAAACGGGAGUAAAGUUUACCUCAUCCCGGGAAAAAAAUUAAUUGAAUCAAAAAUAUAUUUUAAACUGAAUUAAACAGUAAAAGAGUUUUUUUAUAGUUGUAUUUGUUAUUGCCUAUUAAUGAAUUUUUAAAAAAAAUGUUAAGGUUAGUUGAGAGGUUGGUCACUUCGUAGCCUACUACCAUGGGCGCCCGCAGGUAGGGGCAAGGGGGGCACUUUCCCCCCCCUCCCCCCUGGAUUGAUUGGAUACAAUUUUUUUAGACAAAAAUAGACAAAAAAUGUAUUAAAGUAAAGAGAAAAUAAAGAGAAAGUACUAAGCUGAUGUCCUGUCCGUUCGUUCACCAUACAAAUACGCUACAGUAAAUUAAAACUACAUUAAAAAAUUACUAAAAAAAUUUUGCUCCCCCCCCUGGAAAGUUAAUCGAUUUUUUUACCCCCCCCCCCGAAAGUUUUCUGCGGGCGCCCAUGCCUACUACUACUAUAGUUGUUUUAUUUCCCACUGCUUAUCUCUAGUAAUGUAUAACUAGCUAAUAAUAUGUUUGUUAAGCAAAAGUUGGAUAUAACCAGCUGUAGUUUUUUUUAGGAGUUGAUUAAUUUGUUACCCGAUUCAGGGCGAUAUACAGAAUAUACUUGAAUUAUGUUGGAUUCAAUCACGUCCAUCUGGUCAGUAGUCGUAAACUGCUUACUUAUAGCCAAAGCAUGGACGUGGCUUACUUCUAUGCACUCUUUAAUUUCAAACCGUCAAAAAAAAAAAACGGCAAUACAAAAUAUUCUAAAGCUCUGAGAAAAUGGACCAGUUCGUACGCUCAUUAGCCUAUUUCCUAAAUUGUUGGCAUGCUUGAAUACUUUGCUCUAAUGACUGCAAUGUCAUCUGAACUUUUCCAAUAAAGUUUAGUUCAAGUUAUAUGAAAACAUUGGUGAUAGAAUUUCCAGUUCAUCUUUUUUAAAGACACGUUUUUCUGUUCCACCAGUUGUUUUAAUUUAUUCCCUUGUAUUUCCAAGUCUACUAUGACACACUUGUGGAAGGCUGAAUUAAUUAUUAUAUUGUAACAUAAACCCGAGAUGAUCCAAAUAUAAUCGGUUAUUGCUGUUCGUAGACCGACUCCAUUACAUCACAUUGCAGCACAUCAAUUUGUACUUACUGAUAGCGCCGUCUCCCCUCCCCCCCCCGCCUCCUUUAUAAUUUCCAUCGUUUCGGCACUAUGUGACAUGGGGAUCAACAGUAUUUGUAUAAACAUCCUUUGUAUCCCAUAGUUCCGUGCCCACCAGUACAACCAUGAGUUCACAACAUUCCGCCGUUUUGAUGCUGAGUACGAUGCCAUGGGAGAGAAGAUCGCCUUUGAUGAAGUAGAAGAGUCAGGCCCCACCCCCGGCAGACAGUAAGUAACCUUUAAUCUCGUAUUAUUAUUAUAUCAGUAGGAACAACUGAUAGCUAGAGGGUGUGAGCUGAUGCUCUGCUCAAUCCAUGUUGCACUUUUAUAACAUAUCUCUUUUUCAAAAAAACACAGCACAGUUUCAUGUAAGUGUUUUAUAGGUAAGAUGUGUUAAAACUGAGCAAUUAAAUGAGUUUGAGCAAAUGAUAAACUGAGAUCCAUGGUGAGACGCGUGUGUGAGAUACAUCGUGGGACAUACUAUGUUGGAGAUCCGCCACCAAAGCCAACAUCCCAAAACACCCUGGGUGGAUGGGACUCGUUAGCCUUGGACGGAAACUCAUCUCAUAGGAGGCAAACUGUGAAUUCGAAGCAGGAGUCAAAAUGAUCNAUAUAUAUAUAUAUAUAUAUAUAUAUAUAUAUAUAUAUAUAUAUAUUUUAUAUAUAUAUAUAUAAUAUAUAUAUAUAUAUAUAUUUAUAUAAAUAUAUAUAUAAAACCAAGUCAGUUAGCGGGUAAGACACGACAAACACAAACCUCUUACCCGACUUCAAAGUCUCAUUAUGCCUAUCACUCAUUAUGUCAUCUAUGUAACUUAAGGUACCUCUUUUGAUCAAUUAUCAUCAUGGAAAGACAGAAUCAAGACGAACACACACACGCACACACAUGUAACAGUCUAAGAUUCUUUUUGUUUUCUUUCUACAAGUUAGCGUUGAUUUAACUACCGACUACUGAUGUCGUAGUACCACCAUUUGAUCAUCCCCUUCAUGAACCAUAAUCAUGUAUACAAUAAUAAAGUUAUCCCCCCCCCCUUUCUCUGUCUCCAGGUACUACCGCAUCAUCAUCCUGCACAGGGAGAACAUUGCCUACGAGUACAACCGUCAGACCAAAGUGUGCAAGCGAGGAGAUGCUGGCCCAUUCUUCCCAUUCUCUGUGCCAGAAAAUGCCACAUUUGAAGCCGAGUACUACGUUGGUGGUCCAGGGGAGGAACUAGAGGCUGUCGAGUGGUCCGACAGAAGUGCCACACGCAGUAAGUACAUACCAUACGGUACAGUGUUUUAACUCUUAAGGGCCCCAAUUCGGGCAGGGUCGUGAGAGCUCUAAUGCCCGCGUAGUCAUUACCAACAUAUCAUAAUCAGCUGUAGUUCAAAAGAUCGUUCUGAAUUUGUUAGGCAAGAGAAAUAUCAAGGAUUGUUGGGGUUCAGCCAACUGUGAACGGUCGAGGACAACACUGUAAAAUAAAUGACAUGUGUUCAUGUAUCAGAAAGUACUUAACACUAAUUACUAGCUUAAUAAUAACAUAAUAAUAAUAAAGUUUUUUUUUUUGUUUUUUUUUUUUAAAUCCACGCUUCAUCCCAGAAGGCUCGAAGCGCUGCACAAAGUCAACCAUAUUAAAAGAGAAAUGAAACAAUCUAUAUUUUACCACAUUGAAACACGAAACGCAACACUUCAAAAACUACAAACGAGCAUACCCAAUCAAAGUCUGUCAUCCCAUUCAACUAUAAAUAACGCAAGCCAAUAGGUGAUAAUAGCUAGCUGGAAAAGGAUGAAAAACGCUGUAGACCCUCUGUUGCGGGACGAACAAGCCGGCUUUCGCACCAACAGAUCCUGCACGGACCAGAUAGCGACACUGCGCAUCAUUCUAGAGCAGUCACUAGAGUGGAACUCGCCGCUCUAUGUCAACUUUGUUGACUAUGAAAAAGCCUUCGACAGUGUUGACAGGCAAACCCUGUGGAGAUUGCUAAGGCAUUACGGGGUGCCACAGAAGAUUACUGAUAUAAUCAGAAACAUGUACGAAGGGAUAAACUGCCGAGUUAUCCAUGGCCAGCAGUUGACAGAUGCUUUCCAGGUGAAGACUGGUGUGAGACAAGGUUGCUUGCUGUCACCAUUCCUCUUCCUGUUAGCCAUUGACUGGGUGAUGAAAACAUCUACACAGCAGAAAAGGAAUGGCAUCCAAUGGACCUUGUGGGAUCAACUGGAUGAUCUUGACUUUGCUGAUGAUCUUGCACUUCUUGCACAUACCCAACAACAGAUGCAGGAGAAAACAAACAUUGUCGCAGCCACUUCUGCUAGCAUGGGUCUCAACAUUCACAAAGGGAAGAGUAAAAUCCUCAAGGUUAAUGCCACCAGUACAUCACCCAUUAUGCUUGAAGGAGAAGCCCUUGAGGAGGUGGACAGUUUUGUUUACCUUGGCAGCAUGGUAGAUAAACAAGGUGGUACAGAUGCGGACGUCAAAAUAAGGAUAGGAAAAGCAAGAGCAGCCUUCCAACAACUCAAGAAUGUUUGGGUCUCUAACAACUUAGGCAGCAAGUUAAAAGUAAGGAUUUUUAACGCUAUGGUAAAACCUGUGCUGCUAUAUGGAGCCGAGACAUGGAGAACAACGGCCGUAAACCUGACCAGAAUCCAGUCCUUCAUCAACAACUGUCUAAGAAGGAUUCUCAGAAUUCACUGGCCAGACAAAAUCAGCAACCAGGAACUGUGGCAGCGGACAAAACAGAAACCCAUUGAGGAAGAGAUUCUCCAGAAGCGGUGGAGGUGGAUUGGUCAUACACUAAGAAAACCUGCUUCUAACAUAACAAAGCAAGCCCUGAAAUGGAACCCACAGGGUAAGCGGAAAAGAGGCCGUCCAAGAAACACUUGGCGCCGAGAAUUGGAGACAGACAUCAAGAAAAUUGGCCAUGAAUGGAAGAUCCUGGAGAAGCUGGCCCAGGAUAGAGAUGCCUGGAGGUCUCUCGUAGGUGGCCUAUGCCCUUGGAGGAACCGCAGACGCCGACGAUGAUCGGUGGAUGCCCCUCAUGGACGAGAAGGCUCAACAAAAAACAACACCCCAGCUUGCUAUAGCGCUAGUACUAGACAUUCGAAACCCUAAAAUAGUGUUGAAAUAAAUAAUUCUUCUGUUUAUGUAUGAAAAAUUCUUCUAUAUUAAUCAAUACACUCCUGGUUCCAUCGAAUGCUCUAAAAUGAAUGCUUUUCUUCUCACAAAGAUUGUUUUUUUGUUGUUUUUUUAAUCCAGGAGAGACUUGGAUUGGUGUGUUCAGCAGACUGAACUGCUACCCAGUGCGCACCUUCCUGAUCAACGGCCGCAACAACGAGACACUGACCACCCGCAUCUACGACCUCGUCCAGGGAAUCGUUGAUCCUGAACUGUUCAUCCCUCCCCAGGAAUGUCUGCAAGCUCCCAAGACCGAGUCCAGCAGCCUGGUUCAAAAACUCAGAUCUAUCUACACACGCCAGUUUUAAGAAGCUUUGUGUUGUCAGAGAACUUUGAGUGCAUUUACAAUGUAUCCUGUUCCCAUGUCAAGUCCUAGACAAAAUACUCUUGUAAAGUUGGUGAUCAAGUAUACUCAAACUAAAUGACUUGUUGCUUCAAACUUGUUAAUUGUUUGCAGUAAAUUUAUAGCUUUUAAAAUGGUUUUUUAUUUCAGAUGUAAAUUCUCUCCCCUUUAUCUUGUCAAAUAUCCAAAUUAAAACAGUUCAUUAGCUUUUACCUAAAGCCAUAGAACCUACAACUCCUAAUUUUGAUCUUAUACUUAGGUGUGUAAUGUUUUUAAUUGCUUAACCUAUAGUUUGAAAUGGCAGAUACUUUGUAAAACAUGAACCUCUGUAAAAAAAAACAAAAAAAAAAAAACAACAGAAAAACAUUUUCAAACAAGCUACUGUAAAUAAUCUCAUAAAAAUAUAUUCAACUCAAGAAAAAUAGUUUAGGGGUGUAAUGUUUUUAAUUGCUUAACCUAUAGUUUGAAAGGGCAGAUACUUUGUAAAACAUGAACCUCUGUAAAAAAAAACAAAAAAAAAAAAAACAACAGAAAAACAUUUUCAAACAAGCUACUGUAAAUAAUCUCAUAAAAAUAUAUUCAACUCAAGAAAAAUAGUUUUUAUUUAUUCAUUAAAGGAAAUAUCAAUAUCCAAACAUUAAAUUAAAAAAUAUUUAACAUUUAGUUUUCAAAUGAAAAAAUACUGUUAAAAAUGCUAGCCAUUAAAAAACUGAAGAG